AUGCCUGGACGCGUGACAGACCAGCCUAAGAAGAGGGUGCUUACGGACGCCACUAACACGCACAAUGUUGUCAAAUCCCCUCCCUCCACAAAGAAGCGAAAGCUCAAUGUGAACGGUCCAAACGUCAGUUUCCGCUCGUCUCAGAUAGGUCCCAAUGGCCUCAGAUCGAAGCUGGGCUCGAGCCAGCCCAAGAGCCAGUUUGAAACAGAAGUACUGGAGAAGAUGACCCAGGAUAUUAAUGGGUUGAGGGAGAGUAAUUCCGAAAAGGACCAGCAAUGGGAGAGACCCAGCCUGGAUGACUUUGACGCCCAGAGAGAUACCCUGACCUUCCAGCAAAUCGAGGUUGAAGAGGGCACGCUUCAUGGUGGAAGGACGACGCUGAAGAUGUUUGGCGUCUCUGAGACCGGACACUCCAUCCUUCUCCACGUCACCGACUUCCUCCAUUACCUGUACGUUCCAGCACCAAUCAGUUUCCAGAGGCAAGAUGUCGAGGGCUAUAAGGCGUACCUUGAAAGCCAGCUUGCUCAACACCAGCCCGCCAUCCAUUCUGUGCAAAUGGUGCUCCGGGAAAACCUGUUUGGAUUUCAAGGCAACCAGAAAAGUCCAUAUUUGAAGGUCACAGUGACGGAACCCAAAUACAUCAGCAGACUACGCUCGGCGAUCGAGGAUGGUCAAGCCAACUACAAAGGGAUGUGGAAGGUCGAAGACAACAAAAUUCGGACCUACGACAGCAUCCAAUAUGUUUUGCGGUUCAUGAUCGAUACUGGGGUCGCCGGAAUGUCUUGGAUCGAGGUCCCUCCGCAGAAAUAUCAUGUGUUGCCUCAACAUGAACGCCAAUCACAUUGUCAGAUCGAGGCAUACUGCCAUUACCGGGAUCUGAUCGCGCACGGGCCCGAGGGCGAAUGGGCCAAAAUGGCCCCUUUGCGGAUCCUGUCGUUUGAUAUUGAAUGUGCCGGUCGAAAAGGGGUGUUCCCUGAAGCCAUCCACGACCCUGUCAUCCAAAUCGCCAACGUUGUGACCAAGUAUGGAGACUCGAAGCCAUUUAUUCGAAACGUUUUCGUGUUGGAUACUUGCAGCUUGAUCGUCAAUACCAAGAUCUAUGAACAUAGUUCGGAAUCCCAGAUGCUGAUGGCUUGGAGAGAUUUUCUCGAGAAGGUCGACCCGGAUGUUAUCAUCGGUUACAACAUCGCCAACUUCGAUUUCCCCUACCUACUCGAUAGAGCAAGGCAUUUGAAACUGACAAAAUUUCCAUACUGGUCACGUCUGAAGAGUGUGGUUUCCCACGCGAAAAACGACAACUUUUCCAGCAAGCAGAUGGGCAACCGUGACACGAAAAGUACCAACACUAACGGACGAAUCCAACUGGAUCUGCUACAGCUCGUCCAGAGAGACUAUCAGUUGCGCAGCUACACCCUCAACUCAGUGUGUGCGCAUUUCCUUGGAGAGCAGAAGGAGGAUGUCCACCAUACCAUGAUCACCGAACUGUUUAACGGCACGCCAGAUUCGAGGCGCCGAUUAGCCGUGUACUGUCUCAAGGAUGCCUAUUUACCGCAACGACUCAUGGACAAAUUGAUGUGUCUGGUCAACUACACCGAGAUGGCAAGAGUCACUGGAGUCCCCUUCAACUACCUCCUAGCUCGAGGUCAACAGGUCAAGUUCAUCAGCCAGCUUUUCCGAAAAGCAUUGGAACAGCAAUUAGUCAUUCCCAACCUUGAAAAAGAGACUUCAAACGAACAGUAUGAAGGUGCUACCGUUAUCGAGCCUAUUCGAGGCUACUACGACGUUCCUAUUGCCACUCUUGAUUUUGCAUCUCUGUACCCAUCGAUCAUUCAAGCUCACAAUUUGUGCUACACCACCCUCUUGAACAAGAACACCAUCGAAAAACUCAAUUUGAAGAAGGAUGAAGACUAUAUCGUGACGCCCAACGGUGACCUGUUCUGCACUACAAAGGUUCGGAAAGGAUUACUUUCUCAGAUUUUGGAGGAACUGUUGGGCGCACGUAAAAGGGCGAAGAAGGAGCUGGCUGUCGAGAAAGAUCCUUUCAAAAAGGCCGUUUUGAACGGGCGUCAACUGGCUUUGAAAGUAUCAGCAAACUCAGUCUACGGUCUCACAGGUGCUACUGUGGGCAAGCUACCGUGUCUUGCAAUUGCCUCAAGUACGACCGCCUACGGCCGACAAAUGAUAGAAAAGACGAAGCAUGAGGUGGAACAGAAAUACACCAUCGCCAACGGCUACUCACACGAUGCCCAGGUCAUUUAUGGUGAUACUGAUUCAGUCAUGGUAAAGUUUGGAGAAAAGGACCUCAGGAAAACAAUGGCAUUGGGACAAGAAGCUGCCGACUUUGUCUCGUCGCAGUUCAUCAAACCUAUCAAGCUGGAGUUCGAAAAGGUGUAUUUCCCUUACCUGUUGAUCAACAAGAAGAGGUACGCCGGUCUAUAUUGGACUAAUCCGGACAAGUAUGAUAAGAUGGACACCAAGGGCAUUGAGACGGUGCGACGAGACAACUGCCGCCUUGUUCAGAUUGUGAUUGAGACAGUCUUGAAUAAAAUUCUGAUAGAUCGCGAUCUGGACGGAGCGCAGGACUACGUUAAGGAGACGAUCUCAAAUCUCCUACAAAACAAGGUCGACCUCAGUAUGCUGGUGAUUACAAAAGCACUCAGCAAAAGCGACUAUACGGCUAAACAAGCACACGUGGAACUCGCCGAGCGCAUGAAAAAAAGAGACGCCGGUUCAGCACCUGCCCUUGGAGAUCGAGUCGCAUAUGUCAUUGUCAAAGGCGCGGGGGGCAGCAAGAACUAUGAAAAGUCUGAAGAUCCGAUCUACGUUCUAGAGAACAAUGUCCCCAUCGACACCAAAUACUAUCUCGACAACCAGUUGGCGAAUCCCUUAGGGAGGAUCUUCGAGCCUAUUCUAGGCGAGCGGCGUGCCAACUCUCUCCUCGCUGGCGACCACACACGGUCGAUCUCCGUUGCUGUACCCACGCUAGGUGGAUUGAUGAAAUUCGCCAAAAAGACCCAGACCUGCAUGGGCUGCAAGAAACCCCUCGUCGGCGCCGAGGAAGCUCAAGGUGCCGUUUGCGAAAACUGCCGGCCGCGCAUCGGCGAGCUCUACACGAAGCAUGUCAAGAAGAUCGGCGAGCUCGAGGUUCGCUUCAAUCGCCUCUGGACCCAGUGCCAGCGUUGCCAGGGCAGCAUGCAUUCGGAGGUUUUGUGCAGUUCCAGAGAUUGCCCAAUCUUCUAUAUGCGCAUGAAGGCCCGCAAGGAGGUCGAAGAGGGCGGGCGCGAGCUCUCAAGAUUCGAUCACGACGCCGGCGCAAUCUGGUAG